UUCUGUAGCUCCUGUUCUUCCGCUCGUGUUGACGUAGCUCUCUCUCGUGACCUAUAUCAUUGGUUCGAGUCUAGCCUGUAAGAGCCUUGCGGUAACGAGACCAAUCGACCGCCGCCAUGGCAAACACAUUCUCUGUCAAGUCCCUGGCUGUGGCCCUCCUUGCCAGUCACAUCUCAUCCUGCGACGCCGCCGUGAUAUCAGUGAGAUCCGAUGUGCCUGCCGGAUAUGUCGCCGCGCCCUACUACCCAGCACCGUACGGCGGCUGGGCCUCGGACUGGACAGACAGCUAUAGGAGGGCGAAAGCUGUGGUUGAUAAGAUGACGUUGGCUGAAAAGACCAACAUCACGUCCGGAACUGGCAUCUUCAUGGGGUGCGUUCAUCAUCACAACAUGUAUGGCUCCUGCUAACCAUAGCCAAGCCGCUGCGUUGGAAACUCUGGCAGCGCCCUUCGUGUCGGUUUCCCCCAGCUAUGCCUCGCAGACUCGGC